AUGCCUGUCACUCGCAACGGAACAUCUUCGACGGCUCCGACAAGCGAAGAAGAUGGCGAACGGCGGAGCACCGACGGCGGGGAAGGCAGCACAAGCCGAGGCGUGCCUGACAGCGCAUCGACCAGCGGCACCACUUCGACAGCCGCACCAAUGUUUGACAUGUCGGCAGUCCUUCAAGCCACAGUGCAAGCAGCAGUGAGGGAAGCAAUCAACGGGAUCGUGCACCUCCAGUCGCAACAGGCAGCGGCCAUGACUGUAAUCGGCGCGGGAGAGACGUCGCGCCUGGUCCCUUUGUUUGACCCUACUUCGUCGGACUCGCCAACAGUCGAUGCGUGGAUUCGACGGGUGGACGACCUAGCGGAAGUCUACUCGGACGCGGCCAACGAAAAAUAUUUCAUACUUGCUAAAGCUAACGGUCACGACGUGAGAGCAUAUGUUGACCUCGGCAGCCAGUGCGUUACUAUUCAACGAGAAGAUGCAGGCCGAAUCGGAGUCAAAUGCACUGCGAUAGACAAGCCGCUCACCAUCGGAGGCUACGGAUCAGGGCGCGUGACGCCGUGCGGGGAGGCAAACGUUAACCUCACAGUCAAUCAAGCAACAGCUGACGUUCCCGUGCUGAUCGUGCCGAAUGAGUCACAAGCGAUACCUCUCAUCGUGGGACAGCCCUUCACCGAGCAACCUCACGUUACAAUUGUACGGCGAGGGAACACUUUGAGGAUCUUUGAGGAACAGAAGAACGUGGACGAAAGUGAUGACACACUGCAGUCCAUUGAAAUUCCAGAUCUUCCAAAACGCCCAGUGUGCCUUUGGGCCAGGGAAUCCACAGUGGUUCCACCAAAUUACGUUGGAUUUGUUAAGCUCUACGUUACAGGUGGCGAGCCCAACGCGGAUGUAUUCGUGGAAGCCCAACUGAGGUGCCAAGAGGGGCGCGAACAUUGUAUUCCGCGUUGCGUCGUCAACGUCUAUGAGGCGAACGAAACAUGCAUUCCCGUCAUGAACGUAUCACAUCACGAACUCAGCAUCAAAGCACACGAGUGGGUAGCGCGAGCGGAAAUCUGCUACCUCGACGAAGAGCCAAUGCGGGACGAGGGGCCAAGCUGCAGUGCCACUCAACCACGUCCAGUGGCGAACGUUAACUUCAAAACGGGCUCAAGCGUCACCCCGGAGCACCGUCAGAAACUCGGUCAACUCAUCGACGAGUAUCGUGACUGUUUUGCCGACAGCAUUUCAGAGAUUGGCCACACGAAUGUAGCAGAAAUGAAGAUUGAGGCAACGACUGAUGAACCUGUAAGGUUUCGCCCGUAUCGCCUUUCUUUUGCGGAUAGAGAGCACACGAAGGUGGUCAUCGAAGAGCUAAAGCAAGCGGGCAUCGUCGUUGACUCAAAUUCAGACUAUGCGAGUCCUAUCCUCCUGGUGCGGAAAAAGACAGGAGAGCGACGACUUUGCGUGGACUACCGUGCGCUCAACCGAAUGACGAAAAAGGACCGAUACCCACUGCCGUUAAUUGAAGAUCAGCUCGACCAUCUGCGAGGAAAAUGUCUUUUCACGAGUCUCGACCUCGCAUCGGGCUAUUAUCAGAUUCCUAUUGCAAAGGAGUCCCGACACAAGACUGCGUUCAUCACACCCGAUGGACAUUACGAAUUCACCCGUAUGCCAUUUGGUUUGGCCAACGGCCCGGCAGUAUUUCAGAGAAUGAUCAACGCCGUUCUUGGUCCACUGCAAUACACAGUGGCACUUGCAUACAUGGAUGACAUCUUGCUACCGACGAUAACUGUGGAAGAAGGGCUCCAGGCACUGCGAAUGAUCUUAGAUGUUCUCCGUGGAGCGGGACUGACCUUGCGAUUGAGCAAGUGCUACUUCUUCUAUGACCGAGUGGAUUACCUUGGAUACGACAUUUCUGCGGAAGGCAACGAUAACGACAUUCAACUACUAAAGGAGCGACUGAGCAGAAAGCAGCACCUGUCCAACGAAGACCGGCGCGUUCAAAGCGAAUACCAUCUCAGCAACGGCAAGGUGUUCAGAAAGGUGAAUGAGGGCGAUUCGGCGCCACGACUUCUUUGA